UUUCUUCCCUCGCCAACUUCCAAAAUCUUUCAAAAUGCAAUUCUCCGCCGCCGUCGCUGCCCUCGCCCUCAUGGCUUCCUCUGCUGCUGCGCAGAUCCAGCUCGAGAACGUUGCUUCGUUCGAGACGUACUCCAACACCAACUGCUCGCCCCCGGCGUCGCAGCAGCAGAACAUCAACAGCAAUGACUGCAAGUUUCUGCCUCAGCAGAGCGCUCGCGUUUUCUUCCUCGAGAAGAACCGUGCGAACUGUCAGCUCCAGUUCUUCACUUCCUCCGACUGCACGGGUACCCCAACCGAUAUCAUCACGUCUGCGCCCAGCGCCUGCCUGGACGUCUCCACCAAGUUCUCCUUCAAGGCUAUUUGCUCUUAAGCACCUAACCAUUCCCCUUUAUCUAUCGCUCUGAUAGAGAAAGACAAAUGGCAAUAGCCAAAUGGGUGAAGUAGACGAAGAGGGGGCGCGCUGGCAACAGCAUAGGAAUUGCAAGAACGAUGUGAUUGGAGAUGGUGGGAAAACGGUCGUUACAUAUUAUAUUAUUCUUUGAACUGAUGGGUUCUGUGUGUUCUGGGAGUGGUUUUCGUAGCGGGCUGCGUGGUUUGUGGGUACUUUUGUCGUGUUCAACACAUGGCGAGGUAGAGGCCGUUGCGACUUACUUUUAGAAUUCAUAGAAUCUUCUUUUUAAACUAUGUCUUGC